CAGCAGAGGGCGCUGCCUCGUUUGCCGAAGUAUUUUCAUCGCUCUUCACAAUUUCUUCCCGAUGGAAGUAGGUUGUUUUAUGUUGUUGCCUGUUACAGAGGAGUGAGCAGGUUCUGUGUGCAGGCCCUGACCAUGUCCUCACCCUCUCCUGACCCGGGCAAGGCAAAGACCGAGCUGCCGAAGGAGCAGGGCUACAGAGCCCCGGGGCUGAGGGGAGUUCAGACUACCACGCUGUUCCGUGCCAUCAACCCCGAGCUCUUCAUCAAACCAAACAAGCCUGUGAUGGCUAUUGGACUGCUCACACUCUCACUGUGUGUGGGAUACCUUGGAUAUCUUCAUGCCACCACAGAGAACAAGCAAGACUUGUACGAAGCCAUUGACAGCGAAGGAACAAGACACAUGAGAAGAAAAUCAUCCCGAUGGGAUUGAUUAUGUGCUCUGAGCAUUGCUUUCUUGGGUAUAAUGGAACUGACCUACCAGUGUUAUUUACUGUUUCAGCUGUAAUGCCCAAUACAACACUGGUGAUAAAAUAAGACGUCAAAAACUACAGUAAACAAAUGCACGGAGAGUGUAUAAAUAUG